AUGGAGCUGCGCUGUGGGGGACUGCUGUUCAGUUCUCGAUUUGAUUCCGGGAACCUAGCCCAUGUGGAGAAAGUGGAGUCUGUGUCCAGUGACCUGGAGGGAGUGGCAGGGGGCGUCUUACCCCCCACCAGCAGCACUGCCUCUUCCCCUGACUACGAGUUCAACGUGUGGACCCGGCCAGACUGUGCUGAAACAGAAUAUGAGAAUGGGAACAGGUCAUGGUUUUACUUCAGUGUCCGGGGAGGAUCACCAGGGAAACUCAUCAAGAUCAAUAUUAUGAACAUGAACAAGCAAAGCAAGCUAUAUUCCCAGGGCAUGGCCCCCUUUGUGCGCACACUGCCAGGCCGGCCACGCUGGGAACGCAUUCGAGACCGGCCGACCUUUGAGAUGACAGAAACGCAGUUUGUGUUAUCCUUUGUUCACCGUUUCCUGGAGGGUCGUGGGGCCACCACCUUCUUCGCCUUCUGCUACCCCUUCUCCUACAGUGACUGCCAGGAUUUGCUAACCCAGCUAGACCAGCGCUUUCUGGAGAACCACUCUACCCAAAACAGCUCUCUGGAUACCAUCUAUUACCACCGGGAGAUCCUUUGCUAUUCCCUGGAUGGACUUCGUGUAGAUCUGCUAACGAUCAGCUCCUGCCAUGGGCUUGAAGAAGAACGAGAGCCCCGUCUAGAGCAGCUAUUUCCUGAUAUCAGCACCCCCCGACCAUUCCGUUUCACAGGCAAGAGGAUAUUCUUCUUGAGCAGUAGGGUACACCCUGGAGAGACGCCAUCUAGCUUUGUCUUCAAUGGCUUUUUGGACUUCAUCCUUCGACCUGAUGAUCCCCGGGCCCAAACCCUACGUCGCCUCUUUGUCUUUAAGCUGAUUCCCAUGUUGAACCCCGAUGGUGUGGUCCGGGGCCACUACCGCACAGACUCGCGUGGAGUGAACCUGAACCGUCAGUACCUGAAGCCUGAUGCAGUCCUGCACCCGGCCAUCUACGGGGCCAAAGCUGUGCUUCUCUACCACCAUGUGCACUCCCGUCUGAACUCCCAGAAUCCCUCUGCACAACAGCACAAUCCUUGUCUCCGUCCUGAUGCCCCGCUUUCUGACCUUGAGAAAGCCAACAAUCUCCAAAUGGAACCUCACCUUGGGCGCUCAUGUGCUGGGGAUAACCCUGAGCCCUGGAUACAGACUGAGCUUGCAGAACAGAAGGCCAGCAGUGUGUGGAUUAUGCCCCCACCGUCCACGGAGGCUGAGGAGCCAGCCCCCGACACCAUCCCCCCCAAAGAGAGUGGUGUGGCUUACUAUGUGGACCUACACGGACAUGCUUCCAAAAGGGGCUGCUUCAUGUACGGAAACAGCUUUAGUGACGAGACCACCCAGGUAGAAAAUAUGCUUUAUCCAAAGCUCAUCUCCUUGAACUCAGCCCACUUCGACUUCCAGGGCUGCAAUUUCUCAGAGAAGAACAUGUAUGCCCGAGACCGCAGAGAUGGCCAGUCUAAGGAGGGAAGCGGCCGGGUUGCAAUCUACAAAGCCUCAGGGAUCAUCCACAGCUACACACUUGAAUGCAACUACAACACCGGACGCUCCGUAAACAGCAUCCCUGCCGCCUGCCAUGACAACGGGCGUGCCAGCCCCCCACCCCCGCCGGCUUUCCCCUCCAGAUACACUGUGGAGCUGUUUGAGCAGGUAGGACGAGCUAUGGCCAUCGCAGCUCUGGACAUGGCCGAAUGCAAUCCAUGGCCCCGGAUCGUGAUGUCCGAACACAGCAGCCUCACAAACCUCCGGGCCUGGAUGCUAAAACACGUGCGUAGCAUUCGAGGUCCGAGCAGCUCUGUGAACUUGGGUGUCAUCAAGAAGAGAGGCUCUCGAACUCUACCCAAAACUAACAACGGAUUGCCUGUUUCCUGCUCUGAAAAUACCUUGAGCCGUGUGCGAAGUUUUAGCACUGGCACAAGUACUGGCGGCGGCCUCACCAGCCAACAAAACUCUCCACAGAUGAAGAGCUCCCCCAGCUUUCCUUUCCAUGGCAGUCGGUCUGCAGGACUGCCGGGCCUGGGCUCUAGCACCCAAAAGGUCAGCCACCGGGUGCUGGGCCCCGUGAGAGAGCCCCGAAGCCAGGACAGGAGACGGCGGCAGCAGCCACUCAGCUAUCGCCUUCCUUCAAGCAGCCUGGCCUCACCCCCAACGCCUGCCAUUUCUAGCCAAGCCUCCUCACGCAACCUGGGCUCCUGCCUGCUGCCCAGCUCACUCGGCAUAUCAGGGAGCAACUGCUCACUCCUGUCCUCAGGGGACAAGCCAGAGGCUGUCAUGGUGAUUGGGAAAGGUCUAUUAGGAACUGGGCCUCGGAUCCCCUGUAUCAGGACCCGAUUACAGGCUAGGCCCAGGUUGGGCUGGGGCUCACCGCCGACUUGCAGAGGGAUGAGAGGCUCUUCGGGCCCCACAUCCCCUAUCCUCUGGACCAGGGAGAGCAGUGAGCCGAAGCUGGGACCCCACUCUGCACCAGGGCUGCCUCAGGCCACGCCUCCACGGCCCUACUCUGCCCCUGCCAUUUCUCCUAUUUCCUGUAGUCUAUCUGACUCCCAGUCUCGGACUUGUUACAGCCGGGGGCCUGCGGGCCAACCUGAGGUUUGUUUUGUCCCAAAAUCUCCCCCAUUCACUGUUUCUCCCCGGGUCUGA